GGAGAAAGGAGAAAUGGGACCCAUUGGAAUGCGAGGCCCAAAGGGCGAUCGAGGAAUGAAAGGAGCCUGUGGCCAAGAUGGAGAUAAGGGUGAGAAGGGAGAGCCAGGGUUACCAGGCCGAAUGGGCCUUAUUGGAAAGAAGGGUGAUCCUGGAGAGAUUGGCAUGCCUGGGACACCAGGAAUCCCUGGGAAGGAAGGCCUCAUUGGUCCAAAGGGUGACAGAGGAUUUGACGGCGGAAAAGGAUCCAGAGGAGAUCAGGGAGAAAAGGGGGAAAGGGGUACUCCAGGAAUUAUAGGUUCCCCAGGACCUGUAGGGAAUGAUGGACCCCCUGGUCCUCCUGGUCCACCUGGCAACAUUGGCCCCAAAGGCCCAGAAGGAAUUCAAGGGCAGAAAGGUGAAAGAGGCCCCGCAGGUGAGAGAGUUGUAGGAGCUCCAGGACCACCAGGCACGACUGGAGAAAGGGGAGAACAGGGAAGUCCAGGGCUUGACGGCUUAAGAGGAGAAAAAGGAAUACCUGGCAUGACGGAAGAAGAAGUCCGACAAUUUGUCAGGCAAGAGAUGAGUCAACAUUGUGCUUGUGGAAGCCAGUUCUCUGUUUCUGAACGGCGUAAUCUCCCCAAUGAUCCAUCCACCCACCCAUACCCAUCUGUUAAAGCUCAAAUAAUCCCUGUGCUUAAACUGUCCCAUGCUGAGGAAGAGGAAGGGAGCCAGGAACGAAACAUAUUGAAAGCAAGUAGGCCUGAGUAUGAGUAUAUCUACGCAGAGGAAGACUAUGAAGAGGGCCUGGUAGCAGAUGGGACUGAGAGUCCUAUGUUGAGGGAUGCUGACCUGUGCACCUUGCAUCUGGAAGAAGGCACAUGCAGCAGAUUCACCCUAAAAUGGUACUAUAACCAGAGAGUAUUGGAAUGUCGGCCUUUUAUCUACAGUGGUUGUGGAGGAAAUUCCAACCGCUUCAGCUCCAAAGAGGACUGUGAGCUUUACUGUAAGCCCCAGGCAGAUAUAGUUAAUAGCACAGUGGAUAGAAACAAAACGGUAUAAGUGCUGAAGUGAGUUUGGAGAACCGAUGUACUGUCUAAAGAAAAGAAGAGUUGCAGCCGUUUGGACUCCCUGCCAUUCUUAUCAUGCAUUAGUUAUACACCUGGCAAGUGACCUGUGACUUGAGAAUCUCCUUGCUGCCAUUUGUACUGCCUGCAACACAGUUCCUUGUGGUUACAUAUGUCCAUAGGACUGUGUAUGUGUGUACGCGUAGAUCGUUUGUGUGUGGGCUGCUUCAGCUGGAGCAGAGAAAUGGUGCUAUUCUAUUUUUUUUAACAGUAGUUUUGUUGCUCUUGAUUUAUUAUUAUUUUUUAAAUUAAGGUGCUUUGUUUAAUCAAAUGGGAAAUAUAUGCCUACCAUCUAUUAUGUAUAAUGUAAAGAAAAGACAUAUUUUUAAAUUAGAGUUCUUUAACUUAUUUGAUACUGGUUAACUAAUGACACGUGGAAUGUAUUGUGGCCUGACCAAAUUCUGAUUCUGCCUGCAACUUGCAGGUUUAUGAAUCUAUAUAUUAUUCUCUAGGAGUAGAUUAACAAGAAGCCCACUGGACAGUAUCAGCCAGGCUAAUCCUGAGAGGCUAAAAUGUCUUUCCAGUCAUAAAUAUACAAAAGACUUUUGAUUCACAAGCAUUGCUAGAGUUCGUUCCAUAAAUUGAUUUCAUUAUGAGAAGAAAUUAUUAAGGAGCACUCCCCUAAACUUUUUUUCAUAACUUAUGAUUUUUAUUGUUAAUAAAUAAAGUUUGGGGAAUGCCUGACUUUUUCUGAGCCUGAGAUGUCAAAAAUAAAAUUGUCACAGAAUGGAAUAUCUUUCCCCAAAGCAUUUUCUUUUCCUGCCAUCAGUUUUCAAGCCUUUAGAGUACUCGAAUACUUUAAAUUUUCAACUCUUGAACAAAAUAAUGUCAGCUGGUUGGAUUUAAUUCUGAAUUGCUUUGUGUCCAAACUCCAUGGAUUAAAAUGGUGGCAAGGCUGGCAAAAUUCAAAGUUGCAAAGAUUCAUAUAUUUUGUAUUGUGAAGAAUAACUGAAAAAUUAAAUUUGAAUAUUGAGAAAAAAUAAUUGUCCAUUACCAGGAGCAGUAGAAGUUCAACUAUAUGACUAAGAAUUGCUUCAUCCUGUGAAUGUGCCUAAUAUUUUACUAAAUUAAUUGAAGCUAAGGUAGAUCAUCACAUCUAUUGACAAAGUAUGCCAUAUGCUUGGAGAAUAUUAUGUUCCAUGUCUUUUGAAAUACUUGGAGCUCUAGGACAACCACAGCUAUUCUAUAUAUGGCUGCACUAGGUAAUUAUUAAAAAGCAUAAUUGUUUUCCAUUUUUUUCUUACAAUUGAACAUACCUUGAAUGACCACUAGCUAUAGGUAGUCCUUGACUUACGACCAC